CACAGCCAUGUAUAAAGUGGCAAGCCCGUUGGAGUAUUUAGUGAUCACCGACGUCGGGAUACGAGACGUCAAGCUCGCCAAGAAGGCAUGGGUCCUUCCGGGGCAAUCCUGCACUGUCUUCGACAUCUCUCCGGUAAACUACACGUUCGAAGUACAGGCUAUGAGCGCAGAAAAGCUCCUCUUCGUUCUCCCGGUAGUGUUCACUAUCGGCCCCUGAGUCGACGUACUGAUGAGUACUUCUCGUACCUUGACCAAAAGACCCAGAUGAAGGCUGCCAACCAGGCUAAGAUCGAUGUGGCUGAGGCCAAGAUGAAGGGUGAGAUCGGAGCAAAGCUUCUUGAAGGGAAGACACUGCAGAAUGAGGCAGAGAUCGACGUGGAGACGAGGAUCAUAUCAACCCAAAGGCAAGGAGAAGGGAAGAAGGAAGAGAUUAAGGUGAAGACGGAUGUGAGUAUAUAUGAGAACCAGAAGGAGGCUGACGUUGCAGGAGUCCGGAUUUCCUGCACUUGGUUUCGUGUACCAACUCGACAACCAAAGAGUGGCGGCCGGCUUCACGGAUACACCCUUCAAUCCUUUCCUUCUCUGGGUAACAGAAGUUGGUACUCAGAAGAUCACUUUCUCUUAUUUGAUCAUUCGCUAUGGCAUCAAACAACAUUGACAAAAAUAACCCUUUGAAGAAAAGCAGAGCUAUCGCCUAAUGGGGAAGUUACUACUUGGUAGAUUGAAUCUUCAUUUAAGUUUCAAAAUCUUCUA